AUGCCAUCGAGAACACCUUCGAUCAAAGGUUUCUUCCGGCGCAAAUCAAACAAGACUGCAUCCAACUCUUCACUCUCAGCUACUCCAGAAGAGUCAAAUCUAAAACAACCAGCACCAGCCACUCGCCGCCCACGUACGACCAACCCCUCCUUCUCCCCUUCACAAUUUGCUAACAUUUCUGCAGAAAACCCGCCAACGAUCCACAACCCCUUUGCAUCUCGCCCGCGCUCAGCCAUGGGAGGCUCAACCACCGACACGAGCGCCAACCCCCCACCACCGUCCUACAGCGCCAACCCACCCAACUACACGCCCCCAGCACCCUCCACCGCCAGCGGUACAGACAGCCAAUACGCCUUCCUCGCGCACUUCGACACCAUCUUCCUAAUCGACGACUCAGGCAGCAUGUCCGGCAGCAAAUGGCGAGAAACCAGCGCCGCCAUCUCCGCCAUCGCAGGCGUGUGCACCCAGCACGACAAAGACGGCAUCGACAUCCACUUCCUCAACACGCCCUCCGUCCCCGCAUACUCCAACAUCACCUCCCCAGAGCGCGUGAGCCAGAUCUUCUCAACCGUGCGCCCAGGGGGCGGCACACCAACGGGAAUGCGCCUGCACCAGAUCCUGAAGCCGUAUUUGGCGCUACUGGAGAAGAAGGGGGAGGGGAAGCUGGAGGAGGUGAAGCCUUUGAAUGUGAUUGUGGUUACGGAUGGCGAGGCUGGGGAUGAUGUCGAGAGUGUGAUCAAGCGCGCGGCGACGAAGUUGGAUAAACUGGAUGCACCCGGGUGGCAGAUUGGCAUUCAGUUCUUUCAGGUGGGCCGGGAUGCGGAAGCUACGAGGGCGUUGCAGGAGUUGGAUGAUGGGUUGGAGGAGUUGGGCGUGAGGGAUAUUGUGGAUACGGUGCCUUGGAUUGGAGAGAGCGGGCGACAAGGACUUGACGGCAACGGUAUACUCAAGGUUGUGUUGGGAGCAGUAAACCGCCGCUUGGAUCGCAAGAAGGUCAGUCUGGAGAUGUUGAGGCGUUGA